GGUCCUUCUACUUCCUCCAUGUACACAUUGGCGAUCGCAGGGCGGUGUUAAAUUACACAGCUGGUCAUGGGCGACACACUGUGUGUUAAAUGAUCUCAUAUCCACAUAAUGUGACGGGUUGAGUCGCACGGAGCUCCAAGGCGGCUGUGGCUGGAGCGAAACACCGCCUGUAGCGAAGCUCUACGAGUUUAAAGGCUGUGUGGGAAUGGGUUCCAGUCCUUUCUGGUCCAAAUGCAGAAUAAAGGGAGCGACGAGGUGGAAAGAUUGAGGACAAAGUUCUUGUCAGUGUGGCACAAUGUGAAGUACAGUUGGGCGUUGAAAUCAAAGACCUCAUUCAGUAGAAAUUCCCCCGUGCUUCUCCUUGGGAAAUGUUACCACUUUAAGGCUGAAGAUGAUGACAGUCCUACAGAAGCCUGCCAUGAUCCCUUUGAUGAGGACGUCAUGGGGAAUGUGGAAGCUUUCCGCAAGGAUUUCGCGUCCCGAGUGUGGCUCACCUACAGGGAGGAGUUCCCUCCGCUGCCCGGCUCCAGCCUGACCUCCGACUGCGGCUGGGGCUGCAUGCUGAGAGCCGGGCAGAUGAUGCUGGCUCAGGCACUUAUCCUGCAUUUUUUGGGCAGAGACUGGACCUGGUCAGGGGCGCUGGCGCUCCAGCCUUUAGACACAGAGACUUGGACUACCACUGCAGCCAAGCGUCUGGUAGCCUCUCUGGAGGCAUCUCUUCAAGGAUCCCCCGGGCCCUCCGAUCAUGGAUCCCCACCCGCGCACUUUGCCCAGGCCCCAGGAUCUGCAGAGGAGGCAGAUGCACAUUUGAAAGACAUGUACCACCGCACUCUGGUAUCCUGGUUUGGGGACAGCCCCUCAGCUCAAUUAGGCCUCCACAGACUGGUCCGCUUGGGCCUGACGAUGGGGAAGCAGGCAGGGGACUGGUAUGGGCCGGCUGUCGUGGCACAUAUCCUCAAGAAAGCUGUCGAGGAAGCGAUGGACCCUGGCUUGGCGGGUAUAACUGCUUAUGUCUCCCAGGACUGCACAGUGUACAGUGCUGAUGUCAUCGAUAGCCACAGGGCACCAAGAUCAGGGCAGGCCUCUCCUGAGAGGUCAGAUGCCCCUCCCUCCCCACAGAUCGACCAACCACUGUCUGCCUCCACCCUGCCAGACAACCGGGCUGUCAUCAUCCUCGUCCCUGUGCGACUGGGAGGCGAGAAGACAAACCCUGACUAUUUUAACUUUGCAAAGAGCAUACUGAGUCUGGAGUACUGCAUAGGCAUCAUCGGAGGGAAGCCCAAACAGGCCUGCUACUUUGUAGGAUUUCAAGAUGACAGCUUGAUUUACAUGGACCCUCAUUACUGUCAGUCUUUUGUGGAUGUCAGCACCAGCGAUUUCCCUCUCCAGUCAUAUCAUUGCCCCUCACCAAAGAAGAUGCCUUUCAGCAAGAUGGACCCAAGCUGCACCAUAGGUUUCUACUCCAGGAGUGUUCAAGACUAUGAGAGAAUCAGACAAGAGCUGUCCAAGGUGCUGCAGCCGUCGGCGAAGGAGAAAUAUCCCGCGUUCACUUUCGUGCAAGGUCAUGGCAGAGAUUACGACCUGUCGGCCGGCCUGACCCCGGAGAAGAGAGAAUGGCCCUUCAUCCGUGACCCACGGAGGACGGUCACCACUGCCGGGGACUUUGUGCUGCUUUGACAGCGCUGUUUAAAAGACUAGAACAGACAGAGAACUUCUUUUAAUGAAUCCAACUGCUUGACAUCCAAAGCCUCGUGUCUGAGCCUUAUGUGACACUGAAGGUUAUGGAAUUUUUCUAAACUACAGUAAUUCAGUUAAAACAUCCUGGAAACAAGCAAGGAAGCACUUUUUGCCAAAACUGUUACUAACUGGUUGGACUUGUAUUUCUAGUAAUGUGAGCUUGCUGAACAUUUUGUCAGGAAGCCUCAGGACAUUGUUUUUGGUGCUCUGCUUAAUUUAACAACUUCAACUUUUUCAUAUACGCAUCUAGUUAGGAGGAACAUCUAUUCAUUUUCCAUAGUUAUUUUAUGGACUUGAGACAAGCUGUUGCUAGCAUCUCCAUCAACGUACCAGAUUGUGUCCAGUAUUUUUUUGUACCUUACAUCAUGUUCAAGAAGUCUCAAAGGGCUUUGCUUAUAAUGAUCAAUUAGGUCCAGUUGAGCACUCCAACGUCGACAUGCUUUGAAGGCCAACAGAUAGUAACUAUAGAACAGUCAUAGAGCAGUAGUAAAUAUGACUAAAAUUAGUGUUCGCCCACUUUAAAAUAUUUUCAUAAGGCUACAGCUAUAGUAUUUAGAGUUUUGUAUGUGUUGUAAGCGUGCUUAGCAUUAGGCGAAGAGGACUUUUAUAAAAGCCUUAAUUAAUAUGCACGAAGGGCUCUCUCAAGAUUGAGUCAAGUAACUUCUCCAAACUUCUCUGCCAAAAACAUUUCACCGAACAAGAUGACUUUUCCACCUCAAAAGAAGCAUAUGGGACACAUGCUCUGAAGGACACCUUCUCCAUAAUUCUGCCAACAUUUUAUUUACACUAGAGCUCAUUUCUGUCUCUGAGCAAUAAUAUAUGAUGUUGUGAUUUAUAUCAUUGUUUGCUCGCCCUGGGGUGUUUUUGGGUUUAAUCUUGACUGAGUUAUGCAUCACAGUGCAAGUGACCAGUGGUGAGGAGAGUUUGUCAAAGGGAUAAUGUCAUGUUUACGUCUAAGCACUAUCUGUUAUAAAUUAUUCUUUAGAUUUGCUUUGUAUGUCUAACACAGAACAAACAGCAUCUGAAUUUAGAACAUUAAAAAAAUCUUUUGUCGGGUUCAGGGAAUUACAAUAUGUACAGUAUAGUAGAGGUGAAUUUAAUUGAAAUAGCAAUCUAGCCACAGAGACAUGAUAUAUUAGCCCUCCAUAUCAAUAUUAUUAUUUCUAUAUGCUGUGUGCAAUACUGUGGCCAGCAUUUUUUAAUAAGUAUUUUUUCAUAGAAAUCGAUUUUCGAACAUUUCAUAUUGUGUUUAUUACCAUAUUUCCUACUGAUGAUUUGACGAGUGACUGAAAGAUAUAUUGUUGUUUUUACGAAACACUUUUUAACAAACUAGUAGUGGAGAAGUACGCCAGAAUACAUGUUAAGCUAUCAAACUUGAUCAUGCACUUUGAUUCAUUACUUCACAAACACUGAACUAUUCAGAAUCUUUUUCAUGUGCUUUUCUGCUUUAUAACACCUGCAUGUCUGUUUGCCUAAAUGAACUUACAAAAUGUGUCUGUAAAAUGUUUUUGACACUGCCAGGCAAAAAAGUUGAAUAAAGUCAACAUAUUUGACUUUCUUAA